AGAUUUGAAUAACUUUUAUAAAGGAUACAUAUAUUAGAAAUGAAAUUCCUUUUUCCUGUGUGGACCAUCUUUAUCUUUUGUUUGAGUUGUGAUUUUGUCUUCUCUCAAACAUCCAAAGUUUACAAACUCAUCUACAAGGACUUCGAUGUGAAUUCUUAUGAUAAAUGUAUUCGACUACUGAAUGGAACUUCAGAGAUUGGAUGCCAAUCAAAGAAUGGAGGGAACACGGGAGCAAUUUAUCAUGUCAACUCAACUGUCAGAAUCACUGACUUUUUACAGAAUAGUCAUCUGAAAAACUACAUUCCGUUGGUUGAUGUUAAUUACUUUAACAACAAAUUGAUCCAACAGUUUAUAAAUAGUGGGAAAGUACAAGGAGUUCUUGUUUACGAACCAGAAGGUUUUGUUAAACCAUCCAAUAGUUGGUCUCCUGAACUAAAAUGUCCAAAGGAAAGAUUUGGUUUAUACAAUGCAAGUUAUGGGCCUCAAUAUGAAUGCAAGCCCGACAAUAACCCAUGGAACCCACCUGGUGAUGGAUUAACUCAACAAAAUAUUCCAUUUCCGAUUUUCCACAUCCUUCAAACUGAAGCAGUGCAAGAGAUUGUUCAGUGUUACAACAAGUACAACUCCAAGGAAGUCUACCCUUUAUGUUCGAUGCAAAUGAAGUCUCAUAUGUUUGGAGCUGUUGACGCACCAACUUGUAUAAGGAGAACAACUUACCAAACUACAUUAACACCACAGAUGUAUUGCGAUGCUAUGGGAGGCUGGAACAUGGUUGCGUCAUUAAAACCUCUUAUAAGUCGAAAGAACAAAACUAAAUCAGAUUCAACAAUAUUGGUUACGGCAGCUUUGGAUAGUCGUGCUUUUAUGAUGUUAAAUACUGCACCUGGGAAUUCUCUUGCUACUGGUUUUAUAACUCUGCUUGCUGUUGCUAAAGCUAUUGGUGGAAUAAGUGAAAAACAGAAAAAUGAAUUGAACAAGAAUAUUAUGUUUGUACUUUUUGAUGGGGAAGCAUUUGAUAACAUUGGUAGCACAAGAACUGUGUUUGAUAUGCAGCACAUGAAUUUUCCAGUGGUUGAAAACAAGGCAAUGAUCCAACCAGCUGCAGUAAAACUUGAAGACAUCGACAGUAUUGUUGAGAUUGGUGAACUUGGUCACGUGGAUAGCCAACUAUAUGUACAUACUGAUCCAAUGUCUGCAGCUUUGCACAAGAGCAGGAUUGACCAAAUAAUUGCGGAAAUCAACAACAACGCACAAGGUAUAAACGCAACAAAAGCCUCGUCUUCUGUUGGUUUGGUUCCUUCUUCUUUACAAACCUUUUUAAAAUCACGAAAUCUUCCCGGGGUCGUUGUCACUGAUUAUGACAAACAAACCAAAAACAAGUAUUUCUUCAGUCGUUAUGAUGAAUUAAAAAACCUGAAUAUAAACUAUAAUGGAAACACAACAGAUGAAGAAAUGCUUCAACUAUUGCAACCCCUUGCCCAGAAACUAUCAAAUGUUGCUCUUGCCACUGCAAAGAUGCUUUACCUUGAAGCUGCAACUACUUCAAUUUUACCUCCUGAAAUUUCAUUAAAUACAAGUUUGGUAACCGAGAUGUUGUUUUGUUAUCUUUACAAAGCAAACUGCAGUUUAUUUACUGAAGCCACUUCAACUAAUAGUGUGACCAAGCUACCCAAUUUUCCGUACAACAGAUAUGUCACUGUGUUUCAAACGUCAACUACCGGGUUGCCCAUCAUUAACAACUGGGGUGUUUUAUCUCGUAACCUGCUGGCUAUCUUCACCGGCGAACAUCUACCCGACAAUUCUACAACAUGCCAACGAUCACUUUCAACUGAUGAAACCACCACCUAUUUCUAUUUCAACGGCAAAUUAAACAAUGGGACUCGUGAGAACUUUUGUGUGAAGUCCUCCAGCUUUGUAACAAAAGCUCUUGCCCCUGCAAUUGAAGAUAAUGAACUUACAAGCAAUGUUGAGAACUAUGGUUUAUGGGCAGAAAGUAGAUGGACAACGACAACUUUUAAUUUAAGAAUGUUUCUUCAACAUGAUGAAGUUAAUCAGGGUAUGACUCUUUUGGCAGGCUUGUUAGUUCUCCUUGUGAGUUUUACAGUUGUUUACAUCGUUGAUACCAAAGCUGAGACGUUGUUCCAACCAGCAGGUGUUAUAUGAAGAACCGGUUUCAACCAGUUACAACCAGAUCUUGCAUUAACAUCAAUUGAUGUUUGAUGCUUAUAUCUCCACACAUGAGAUUACUGUGAAAGUGUUAAUCAUUUUUUUAAUGAAUUUGUGCAUUAUGAGUUGCUGGGGUUAUUCAGUAUUUCUAAAUUCUUAAGAUUUUCAAACUAAAAUACAUCACUGCAAAUUAUAUUCAGUUCAGAUUUUUUAUUUCCCAAAGGAUAUUUGUUAAACUUUUAUUGCUCAGAAUGUUAAAUAUCAUACUCUAAAAGAUUUGGUGCAUAAUAAUCAUGCCAACUUGGAAGAAUAUUGUAACUUACAUCACACAUAUAGAAAAUUUGUGAAUGUAAGAAGAGAACAAUUUUCAUUUAUUUUUGACCAAAAGCUGUAGCACUGUAAAAUUUGAUUUGAUUUCUGUUUCUAGAUUAAUUCAUACACAAGUUCAUAAAAUUGUGUUUACUUUUGAUUUUCUCGUUUUAAGUGAAUCUUUUUUAAGCUUUAUUUAAAGGCAUGAGUACCAGUGCUUUAUCUGUAUAAAAAGUGUUGAAAAACUAUAGCCUACAUGUGCACCAACUUUUGACAUCGGUGUAAAUUCGCUAAACAGAUUUUGAAUGAAGUGA